AUGGACCAGAAACCUUCUUCCCUUUGGAAAAUAUUCGCACUCAGCCGCGCCUGCUCCUCACGGGGUGCAACACUUGUCCUCCUCCUCUGGGGCUCGUUGAUAUCGGCCGUUUGCUUCGUCUACUUCUGCCUCUACAACUACAUCCACGUCAAACGUACACACAGAGUUCUUCCGACUUAUUCCAACACGAGCAUGUCGCUUGGCUCACAGAAAGAAAAACAACAACAACGUCUGCGAGAUGUCGAGAGCAAUUUGGACCUGGAACAGGGUCUGCCUGCGCGCAGUUACAAUUUACCGCGAACAGCGAAUGUGAGGUUUCGGCGGUGA